AUGUCGUACCCCACACCCGCAACCCGCAACGUCCGCGCCCUCCGGAUCCCGGCCGACGGCUCACCUCCGCACCUGAUCACCCUCGAGACGAUGAUGACCGAGCCCGUUCCGCCCCCGCCGUCGAACUCCUACGAGGGGCUGCUCUCGCACCUGGGGAAGACGGAAAAGGCCCGUCACGUGCCCAACGUGAAGGCGUUCUGGACGCUGAGAGGAUGGGAGGACCGCACGUGCAGCUGGGUCUACUACGGGAAUGGAUCGAUGAAGGACGUGGAAGGGAUGUAUUACAUCUUCUUGGCCGUCGAUCACGACAGAUUGCCACCGAACAAGCAUCUCUCGACCGACCUGUUCGAUUGCUGCGGGGACGUAUUCUUGCUCAAGAUGGUCAACUGGCCGGAAAAACGCGCGGCCGAUUACGAUGAUCCGAUCGACUGCUUACGACAUCUGAGGCACGAACACCUGUUCCCGGAGUAUGCGGAUGUGGACGAUCGGGUUCUGGGGAGUGAUCUGUUGGAGGCGACGGUCAGGGAGUUGCUCCGCGGGGCGGUCUUGGCGAUGAGGAAUCGGGGUGAGAUGGUGGAUGAGGAUAAAGAUGAUUCACCCGAUGGUAAUUUGCCUAGACGAGACCACAAAGGUGAGAGGGUACACGGAGUAGCAUUGGUCAUAGCGGAACGGCCUCAGUGUGGUUUGGCUUCAUGGAUCCUCGUCGACCUCGCCAUCACCAGCGUGGCAAGUAGUGAGGGAGCAGGAAAGCAAUGCUUCCUCGAACACAGCGAACAGAUCAAGAUCAUUAGAAAUUAG